AUGAAGUUCCUCUCCAUCCUCGCCCUGAUCGCGCCCGUCGCUUUCUCCCUCCCCACCUCAGUCGUCACAGAGGCUCCCAUCGAGGACGCUGCCAUUGAUGCCCGCGCGUGCUACGUCACCUGCGGAAGCACCUGCUACACGAGCGCCCAAGUGUCUGCCGCCCGCAGCGCGGCAUACAGCUACGUCAAGAGCGGCGGCGUCGCCGGAAGCUCGACCUACCCUCAUAAGUACAAUAACUAUGAGGGCUUCGAUUUUCUCGUAAGCGGUAGCUAUUACGAGUUCCCUCUCAAGACCAGCGGUGUCUACACCGGCGGAUCCCCCGGUGCCGACCGCGUUGUUAUCAACGGCAGCGGAGCGCGGGCUGGCGAGAUCACUCACACUGGUGCUAGCGGCAACAACUUCGUUGCUUGCUCGGGAUGGUAG